AUGCGCUCCAAGGACUCCCCGGGAACGGCCAAAUGCAUCGACUGCGGGAAGAGCUUCGCCAAGGCGCCGCGGCGCAAGAAGCCGGUCCCGGUCCCGGUGGUCCCGGUUCCGAAGGCGCCGCCGGAGCUUCCCAACACGUGCGCCGAGUGUUGGCAGAGCUUCAGCCAGAACUCGGACCUGGUGAAGCACAUGCGGAUCCACACGGGGGAGAAGCCCUACGAGUGCCCCCAUUGCGGCAAGUGCUUCAACGUGAGCUCCAACCUCAUCCGGCACCGGCGCAUCCAUACGGGAGAGAAGCCCUACGGAUGCGGCGAGUGCCGGAAGAGCUUCACCGACAAGUCGACGCUCACGCAGCACCGGCGG